GCGUAGAGAUGGGAAGCCGUUCAGUGGUUUUGGGUGGUGCGCACCUCCCCUCUCCAUAGCGCAAGAGCCUCCUCUCGCUUUACGGAGCCUGUUUGCAAUUCCUGCUCUUCGUGCCAGAGCCUGCAGCUGUCUCUUUUGCGUCCCACUGCCGCUGUUGUGGGAAAUCAUCGCCCCGCAUGACGAACGGACGGUAGACCUUCCCCCCUUGAAGUCUGGGCGUAAAUCCGAAGGAUCGCAACUUUUAAACAAUCUCCAACACUGUUAUGAGACGGAAGCAAGACACCUGACGCGUCCGACCGCCCUCCGUCUGCUGAAUGAGAUCUGUGCGACUGUGAAUGCUAUAGGAAUGUGGAAUACAAGUCUGUGCCAACGUAAAAGGACCAGCCUCUGCCCCUGACGCCAUGACCACAGACCUGAACUUGACCUCCCUGCUGAAUGUAACUGAUAUCCACAACCACAGCAGAGGAUGUUCCCUUACCAAAACAGGUUUCCAGUUCUAUUACCUGCCCACCGUCUACAUCAUGGUCUUCAUCACCGGACUGGUGGGCAACAGUCUGGCCAUUUGGAUGUUUGUCUUCCAUAUGCGACCCUGGAGCAGCAUCUCUGUCUAUAUGUUCAACCUGGCUCUGGCUGACUUCUGCUACGUCCUCUCUCUGCCCUUCCUCAUAUUUUACUACUUCAACAAGACAGACUGGAUAUUCGGGGAUGUGCUCUGCCGAUUGCAGCGUUUCAUAUUCCAUGUGAAUCUGUACGGCAGCAUUCUGUUUCUGACCUGCAUCAGUGUUCACAGGUAUACCGGAGUGGUCCACCCACUCAAGUCUCUGGGCCGACUGAAGAAGAAAAAUGCCGUUAUUACCAGCGCCUUGGUCUGGGCGGUGGUCGUCGUGGGAAUCUCCCCCAUCCUUUACUACUCCAGGACCGGCCUGAAGCGUAAUGCAACAAUUUGUUAUGACACCACAACUGAAGAUGAGCUACCGGGCUAUUUUAUCUAUAGCAUGUGUAUGACUGUGUUUGGAUUCUGCAUCCCCUUCAUUAUCAUCCUGGGUUGCUACGGUAUGAUCGUCAAGGCGCUGAUCUAUAAUGACAUGAACAAUGCACCGCUGCGUCGGAAAUCCAUCCACCUGGUUAUCAUUGUGCUUGCAGUGUUUGCCGUCUCCUACCUGCCCUUCCAUGUCAUGAAGAACCUCAACAUGAGGGCCAGACUGUACUUCCAAAGCCCUGACAUGUGUGCUUUUAAUAAUCGUGUGUAUGCCACCUACCAGGUGACGCGUGGGCUGGCCAGCCUCAAUAGCUGUGUGGAUCCUAUUCUUUACUUCUUGGCUGGGGAUACCUUCAGGAGGAAGCUAUCCCGGGCCACUAAAAAGACUUCCAGGAAGGGGGACAAUCCCCUGCAGUCCAAGAGUGAGGAGACAGCUCUCAACAGCCUGGCUGAUUAUGUGGAGAAUGGGGACAGGAGGCUCUGACAGGCGACUGGGAUGCUUUCCGUGUGCCUAAAUGGGUCUGGACAGGCUAUCUAAACCAUUAUGGAUAAUACUGAAUAGAUGUAUGCACUGUGGACUGAAGGUUUUGUGUAAAAAAAUUACUUGAUGCAUAUCGGACUCUGGUUUAUAAUGUACAGGCUGAGAAUUGUAGAAUGGUAACGUGAUUUAACCCUGUGACAACCAUUGCUCACUUAGCAGACGGUCAGUGACGAUUGUGUAUUGUUGAUAAGCUAUUGCCCAAUUAAAUGUACUGUAUUGUAUUGUACAUGUAUUGUACUAUAAAUGUGCCACUCGUCAGUCUUCACUAGGCCUCUCGUAUUGUGCAGUUAGUGUCGGUUAUAAAUUUGUCAAAGUGAGCCUUACGUUUAACCACAGCCGAGCGGAAAGAAAAGUUUAUAGGUUCCCCUACAGAGAAUAAUGUCCCUUUCAUCAGUCAAAGCAAAUGGGAGGAGUGACAGUGGACAGCACCUUUGCUAUCCACCCAGCUGAUGCCUAAUCAAUAGCUAUUAAGCAGGUGAGGGCUUGUGGUUAGUAAGCGAGAUAAGGUACAGUGCACCUAGGGUGGGUUUUUAGUGAAAAACUAAAUGCACUGAUCCUGUUACUGCUGUGUGGAUGGUGACACGCAGACUAAUGCACAAUGACUAGAGACUCUCUGCUCACAGGGCUACCUAUCACUCCACAUUUCUUUCUCCAUUUAUUACUGACCAGAGGGGGCGAAUGUAGUCGGCUAUUUUUUCCAUUGUUACAGCACCUUGGAGGUGAAUUUUCGCCAUGGCUUUGCUCCCACAAUCUUUCUACCGCUUGUCCUUUUAACCUGUUCUGCUCAAAAUGAGGAGACGAUACUAACAGUAUUUUGUGUAUAUAUUACUAUUAAUGAAUGUUUUCGAGGUGUACUGUACAGAAUGUUGUGAUGUGUCGAAUCUGGUUGUGCUGUUAUUGUUAUGUUCUGCAGUUUUGAAGGCUAUACGACUAAUCCAACCUUGCAUGUCAGAUACCAUCGGAGGAGCACUUAACCAACAACUGACCGCAGCAAAGUCAAGUCUCACCUCUCAAGUGUUUAUUGCGGCACAGGGAACUGUAGAAAUCCAAUGAGCAGAGCAGACGUGUACACUCAAAAUCAUCUGGUUUGGGACUCGAUUAAUAUAUUGAAGACUUCUUUGUACGAGAUACCUCAAAGUAAAUACUGCACUGUGACCGUGUGUUGACAGAUAAUCGUUUCUGUUCUGUGUCUGUUGUAAUUAUUCUAUAUUUGUGCAGGAGAAAUUAUUGUGGAGUUCUAUCAGUAUAUUUUACUGGACUAACUAGAUGUUUGGUGUGUAAAUUAAUACCUUUGUAGAUCAGUAAUGUGGUCAGUCUCUUGAGGUCGGCUGUUGCCAGGGGCGAGGGGCUCAAUAAUCUAGAGUUGUAUAGAGCUUAU